AUGGACCUGUCAUGGGUCCCUACGCCCUUUGAGGUGUACGGCGUGACCCCACUCCAGCACCUCAUCAUGGCCGUCACCACCACCUCCGUCCUCAUCUUCAACCUCCUCAUUGCCCGCCUCAUGUCGUGCACCCAACGGCCCGCGCCGGACACACUCGUCCCCAAGGUCACUCCAGCAGAGCUCUGUAUCGUGCUGGGCAGUGGCGGCCACACGGCAGAAAUGCUCAAUAUCCUACGGCAGGUCGAGGGCUUACAGACGGAUUACAGGAGGAUGUAUAUUGUGUCUAGUGGUGAUGGGUUCAGUGCGGGGCGGGCCGCUGAUUUUGAGAAGGAGCUGGCGUCGUCCGCGACGGCUGUGGCAACGGGUAAGGGUAAGAAGGCGGCGAAAGGAAAUACGAGUGCUGGCAAUGAGAAUUACACGAUUCAUACGGGUCUUCUGACAACGCCAUUCACGACUCUAAGAUGUAUGUGGGACUGUAUGCGCAUCCUGCGUUCGUCGCCGCCGGAUCUGAUCGUCACUAACGGUCCUGGAACGGGUGUUUGUGUGGUGUUAGCAAGCGUGCUCAUGCGAAUGUUGUGGCUCGUGCCGUCAACGCCGACGGGGGUUGCGGGCGCGAACGGGAAGGCUGGAAAGGGCAAGGAAGCCUCGGAGAGCGGAAGCGGCAGCAGGAAGGAGAUGCGCACAACGUUCAUCGAGAGUUGGGCGCGGGUCAAGACGUUGAGUCUGAGUGGGAAAAUUCUGGUCUAUUUCGUGGAUCGAUUCGUGGUGCAGUGGCCGCGGCUGGUGCGGGAACAGGGGACGGGAAGUGUUGAGUAUCGGGGCCCGUUGGUGAGAUAG